AUGUGCGCUCCACGUGACGCUUCUGUCUUCAAAUCGUAUAGGAGAGACACUACAAAUCUAGUCCAACCGCUCUUCUCUCCUGUAUACCUUGCUCCUUCGUCAACUGUAAACCGUAGACGUCUCCAUGGCAUCAACAAGAGGUCACAAACUCGUAUCUUCUUUCCCGCUAAACCCUUCCCUUCUCUAUCUAUCAAAAUCGCUGCAUCAUCAUCCCCUUCGCCGCCUACCUUUACCCAGCUAACUCCUCUCUAUCCCACGACUCGGUCAUCCGCACUCACCUGGUCGACUCGGUCAUCUACCGAGUUGACUCGGUCUCUCGCCACUCUGGCGGCAUUAGCAAUAGCUCUAGCCAGAGCCUUAGCCCAUAAACUCUCCCUCGCAGCUCACACAUCCGCAUUACGAUUAUCUCUCCAAACCGGCGGGACUGUCUUCUUGGCGUCGCUCCGGGAACGGCCGCCGGGGUAUUUGAUCACGCCGCAGACGGUGGUAGCGGUGGUGAUGAAGAAGUGGGUAGAUAUACACAGUGAUGUAUUGAUGCUUAGGUUGUUGCUGACUUGGUUCCCUAAUCUCCCUUGGGAGAGACAGCCUUUGUCGGCCAUUAGAGAUAUGUGUGAUCCUUACUUGAGUCUCUUCAGAAACAUCGUUCCUCCUAUCUUCGGCGAGGAUCUCAGUCCGAUGCUUGCUUUGGCUGUUCUUGGUACACUCGGAUCAAUUCUUGACGUAAGCACGUGAUAAAAGGAGAAUCCUUUGAUCAGUAAGAAGAACACCAUCGGUUUCUUGCUGGUCAAGUUUUUGAAAAGUUUUUGUUUUGAAACAUCUAUGAAUGGGAAAGUAUGCAUUUUUUUUAUUUGUUUCUAGGAAAACAGAAAAUUUGAUACUAGUUGUUUGAGACUAAUUAAAAACUGUUAUUUUCUAGCAAACCUAUUACCAGUGUUGUGCAAAGCAUUUUA